CGAGAGAGAGAGAGAUCCAGAGGAAGAGAGGGGGCUUCCAGACUGGAUGGGCCCAGCAGUGCCUUGAUGGAGCAUGGGCCAGGUUCUAGGAUUCUCCCACUGCAAGGAAUAUGGUUCUGUCUCCUCCACACCUGAUUCAACACCUCCCUGCACUGAAGGUGGGAAUGAGGAGUCUGAGCUGUGCGACCUGCAGACGGCCAGGGAGUGGUCUGAUGAAGAAGACGGGGGUCCGGAGGAUGAUGAUGGUGGAGCUUCAUCCCCCUCCAUUUGGGGGACCCCGAGACAGAACUCCUUCGAGCCCACCUUCUCCUACAUCGCCAUCGCCGAGGCAGAGGCGGGCGGAGCCUCACGACAUCAUCGUGACUCAUCGUCAGGGAGCCGGCGGAGGGGCGGGGCCAGGGGAGGCCGCACCUCCCUGAGCCGCACGGACACCGUGGAAAUGCUCCUCCUCCUGGACUCCCCCGACGUGGAGUGGGACCCCCACGCCUUCCUCGGCCGAGAGGAGGAGGAGGAGAGGGAGAGGGAGGAAAGGGACAUCCACAGACAGACUGGGGCAGUCCAGGCCUCUCUCCUAGAUACUGAGAUUGAACCUCAAGAGAGGGACACAGAGACCCAGAGAGGGGAGACAGAGCCCGUGGAGCCCCAGCACUACAGUCCCUCUGACAGCCACCAGGCAGCAUCACCGCCCCCUGAGCCUGAGUCCCUCGUAACCAUGGAAACCACAGUCACACUGCUCACGGCUGUGCGACCAAGAGGCGGCCUCACAGAUGAUGUGUCAUCCACUUCCUCCACCUCCGUUGGUCGAAACACUCAGGAAGAGCUGGCCAGCGAACAGUGGUUUUCAGUGCUCAACUUAUCAGGCCCUAUGAUAUGCACCCACAUAGCAGUGAUGGAUCUGAUCUACUGGAAGGACACAGAGCGUACAGGCAUGGUAUUCACAGGGCUGGUGGUGGGUUUGCUGUCCUUGUUCCAGCUCAGCAUCAUCACAGUCAUCUCCACUAUCUCCCUGGGCGUCAUGUGCUUCACCGUCUCAGUCUGCCUCUACUAUAAAAUCCUGCACGUUCUCAGCAUGGGAGACGGAGUGCACCCUUUCAAGGCGUAUCUGGAUCUGGACAUCAGUUUCAGUGGGGAGCUGGCUGACCAAUACAUGCAGAAGGCCAUUGUUACAGUCGUCUCUGCUGCUAACUCACUCAAGAAUCUCUUCCUGGUUGGAAGCCUCUUCGACUCUCUCAAGCUCCUGGCUCUGAUGUACCUGGUGACCUUUCUGGGAAACCUGUGUAAUGGCCUGACUGUCCUCAUCAUUGGUGUGAUCGCCCUCUUCUCUCUACCACUGUUCUACAGGCAGCACCAGGCAAAAGUGGAUGGCUUCUUUGCAGGAAUUCAGGCAAACAUUGACAACAUCAAGGACAUUAUCCACAGAAUUGCCCAAGGUGGUGGCCCAAUCCCAGACCCAACCCCUGGCGGCGCCAUGCCCAAAACACAAUGAAGAGUAAUGGCGGACAGGAGAGGAGGAUGAGGAGCAGAGAAGAGGAGGAGUUACAGGCUGUCACUCACAUGUCUUACUCAGCAGUCUGUGCUCAGAGCUCCAAAAGGCGGAGCUUCUGAGAUUGGGGGGGUUGUGUGGGGAGUCAAACCAUGGGGUUGGGACAUGAUGAUACUGUAUACUGUAUGGUGGGAUAGAGUAGAUUGCUAGUGGGUGAGGAUGAGGAAACGGGAGUGAUAUCUGGAUGGGAGUUGUUGCUGUUUCGAAGAAAGUUUUAAGACACAGCUCAUGAUUGUUGGUACAUUCAUUCAAGCCACAAAGACUGAUUGGAACCUCUAAUGCUAGGAGACCUGUGGGUUCCUUAUUGACAGCUGUAUAUCUGAACAGAGGGAAGUAAAAACUUCAGUAUAGAGUCCAGCAGGACUGGAGUUCACCAGGAGUUAGGACAGGGUCAGUCCAGGGUCAGAGGUUAGAGUUCACCAAACCAGAGAUCAUCAUUAUUCAUGGCAGCCUAACACUUGGAAUCAGGAUGUGUGUGUGGUAGAGUGUGUAUGUGUGUGUGAGGGAAUUAUGGCACUUUUGUGCUCAUGAUGAGUGUGGGUGUUUAAGUGUGUGUGUGUGUGUGUGUGUGUGUACACAGUAUGUGUUAGUUGACAUGCAGCUUACUGAUCUGAACCUGUUACCUGAGAGCUAUUAAAACCACAACUGUUCUUUCA